CCGCCGCCGCUCAGUCGGGCAGACCGACCGAGCCGCCGAACCUUGGACCGGGACCGCGCUCAGUGCCCGCUUCAGUGCCGCCUCUGCCCGGAUGGAGCUGCGGGGUUCGCGCCCCGGUGUGCGCCGCUCCUGACCCGGCUCGGUUUGACCUAACGGAACCGUAAGUUCGGUUCGGCCGUCCUCCCCGUCCCGCAGCAGGCCGCCGUCUCCUCCGUGACUCGCAGGUCCCAUGCGAUUCUUCAGACUCACAUUCAAGUGCUUCGUGGAUUGUUUUUGAAGGUCGCGGUUCGGCUGUGGUUCGGUUCGUUUUUCUCUUCAGUUCAACAUUUUUAUUUUUAUUUGACAGAAAAAAAAAAUCAAAAUUAUUUUUAAAACAUUUCGAUUUUAUGACCAGUUUGAAAUUUAACUAAAUAAACUGAAGUCCUAAAUUAAAAGAGAGGAGAGGGUCCGGAGCAGACCGAACCGGACCGGCUCUGGUUCUGACUGGUCGGUGGGACUCUGACCUAGAGCUGGACUGGGGUUACUGGGGUGUUACUGGUUCUGACCCGGUGUCAGAGGGAAACUCGGUUCUAAAGCUAAAGAGCUACAGAGUUAAAGAAAGACAACCGGACUGGUUCUGAUUGGGUUUUACUGCUGGUUCUGAUUGGGUCUGAGUGGUUCUGAUUGGGUCUGACUGGGUUCUGAUUGGGUUUUACUGCUGGUUCUGAGUGGUUCUGAUUGGGUUUUACUGCUGGUUCUGAUUGGGUCUGAGUGGUUCUGAUUGGGUCUGACUGGGUUCUGAUUGGGUUUUACUGCUGGUUCUGAGUGGUUCUGAUUGGGUUUUACUGCUGGUUCUGAGUGGUUCUGAUUGGGUUUUACUGCUGGUUCUGAUUGGGUCUGAGUGGUUCUGAUUGGGUUUUACUGCUGGUUCUGAUUGGGUCUGAUUGGGUCUGACUGGGUUCUGAUUGGGUUUUACUGCUGGUUCUGAUUGGGUCUGAGUGGUUCUGAUUGGGUUUUACUGCUGGUUCUGAUUGGGUCUGAGUGGUUCUGACCGGGUUCUGACUGAUAUUCUGUGACAGAAUCUAAGUGCUUCAGGGCUCACAGUGACUGGACCUUAGAACCUGUACUGGUUCCUGACUAGUUCGUUAAGUUCUGACCGGGUUCUGUCUGAGAUGGAGAAACCGGCCCGGCCCGCCUCGUCCUGCUCUGUGGUUCUGGUGGAGGAGACCAAGAGGAACCCGCUCCUCCUGUCCAGCGGCUUCGCCGCCGCCAACGGGUCCCUCGCACCGCUGGCGGCGCCGACCGGCGGCGGCGUGGUCGGCGGUACCGGUCAGGAUAAAAGAGGAGGCGGCGCCAUCGGGACGGGUCCGGAGUACCAGGAGCGUGAGACUUGGACCCGGCAGAUGGACUUCAUCAUGUCCUGCGUUGGAUUCGCUGUCGGACUCGGAAACGUGUGGCGGUUCCCCUACCUGUGCUACAAGAACGGAGGAGGCGUCUUCCUGAUCCCGUACCUGCUGAUCGUUUUCGUGGGAGGAAUCCCGAUUUUCUUCCUGGAGAUCGCUCUGGGUCAGUUCAUGAAGGCCGGCAGCAUCAACGUGUGGAACAUCGCUCCGCUAUUCAAAGGUCUGGGCUACGCCUCCAUGGUCAUCGUGUUUUUCUGCAACACUUAUUACAUCAUGGUUCUGGCCUGGGGCUUCUACUACCUGAUCAGGUCCUUUAGCUCCGCCCUCCCCUGGUCCACCUGUGACAACGAAUGGAACACGCCCAACUGCCUGGAGACCUUCCACCACCUGCACUGCGCCAACGCCAGCCUGGCCAACGCCACCGUGGGCGGAGCCAACCUGACCUGUUCCGACCUGGCCGACGCCCGCUCGCCCAUCAUCGAGUUCUGGGAGAACAAAGUGCUGAACAUCUCGUCCGGACUGGACCAACCGGGUCGGAUCAACUGGGAGCUGAUGCUGUGUCUGAUGGCCGUCUGGGUUCUGGUUUACUUCUGUGUCUGGAAAGGAGUCAAGUCCACCGGCAAGAUCGUUUACUUCACGGCCACCUUUCCCUACGUGGUUCUCAUCAUCCUGCUGGUGCGAGGCGUCACGCUGCCGGGAGCGUACGACGGCAUCAUGUACUACAUCAAACCGGACUGGUCCAAACUGGAGGAGGCUCAGGUGUGGAUAGACGCUGGAACGCAGAUCUUCUUCUCCUACGCCAUUGGACUGGGAGCGCUGACCGCACUGGGAAGCUACAACCGCUUCAACAACGACUGCUACAAGGACGCCUUCGUCCUGGCGCUCAUCAACAGCGGCACCAGCUUCUUUUCUGGCUUCGUGGUUUUUUCCAUCCUGGGCUUCAUGGCGGCUGAGCAGGGAGUCGACGUCUCCCAGGUGGCUGAAUCAGGUCCGGGUUUAGCCUUCAUCGCGUAUCCAAAGGCGGUCAGUCUGAUGCCGGUGGCUCCGCUCUGGGCGGCGCUCUUCUUCUUCAUGUUGCUGCUGCUUGGACUUGACAGUCAGUUUGUCGGGGUGGAGGGAUUCGUCACGGGGAUUCUGGACCUGUUUCCUGGGAAAUAUUACCACCGUUACAAACGUGAGAUCGCCGUGGCGAUCUGCUGUUUACUGUGCUUCAUCAUUGACCUCUCCAUGGUGACGCAGGGAGGGAUGUACGUCUUCCAGUUGUUUGACUAUUACUCAGCCAGCGGCAUGACGCUGCUGUGGCAGUCCUUCUGGGAAUGUAUUGUAGUUGCCUGGGUCUACGGUGCAGACCGGUUCAUGGACGACGUGGCCCGUAUGAUCGGCUACCGGCCGUUCCCCUGGAUGAAGUGGUGCUGGUCGUUCAUCACGCCGUGCGUCUGCAUGGGCAUUUUCCUGUUCCACCUGGUGAACUACAAGCCGCUGACAUACAACACGGUGUACGUGUACCCGUGGUGGGGCGAGGUGAUCGGCUGGUGCCUGGCUCUGUCCUCCAUGCUCUGCAUCCCCGUCAGCCUCCUCUACAAGCUGUUCAGAGCCAAAGGAACCUUCAGAGAGCGCUGGGCCCACCUGACCAGUCCUGUGUGGGGCCCCCACCACCUGGAGUACAUGGCCCCCGACAUCGGACCCCUGAGCUCGCUGACGCCCGGUUCUGAUGACAACAAGGUCAUCAUCUUUGAGAGCGUCAUGUAGACCGGACCCGCCGGACCCUCCCAAGACAAGAUGGCCGACCUCCACCCUCACCUCCCACCGCUUUCUGCACCGGGCAUCAUGAAUGAGCUGGACUCUGAUUGGUCCCCACGGCAACCAAAGCUUUUCCCAGGUUCCCCUGGGACUUCUGGUUCUGUUGGGUUCCGGUUCUCCCGAUGUAGGAUGAAAGGUGGAUCGUGACGAUCCCAAACAACUCGUCUUCCCGUGAGGGCCACAGGGUCAGUUUAGUCUUGGGUCGGACAGUCGGUCAGCACAAACCUGAACCGGACAAACAGCCAUGAUGGACUCGCUGUCAGCCAGAACCUCCAGAACCUUCAGCCGACAGAGUUUGGAUCGUUGCUGUUUGUCAGGACAGACAGAGUUCUAGACAGAAGCACCGACUGGUUCCCUUCGCGUCCCCUUCAGGUUCUGAGAUCAGAUUUAGUCUGUUCUCUUCUGAGUGCCAAAAGGUUCUGAUGUCAGAACCAGGCUGCUGCCAGCGACCUGGUUGCUCUGCCUCAUCAACACUGCGGUCCAGUUGGUUCUGCCCAUCUCUGUUGGGUUUCGUCCCGCUUCCUCUCUUUCUCAUCUUGUUAGCAGAAGAAUAAAAUGCUUGGCUGGUUCUGUCCAUAAACCCAUUAGAACUGGUAACCAGGUCGGGAGGAGAGUCAUUUUGAUCCGAAUGUCGUCCGGAAACCUGAAGAGAGCCGGCGGACUGACAGCGUUGUCGAGCGUUGCCUUAUGUUGUUGUCUCACCGUUAGAGUUCAAACGGUUGACCUGUGACCUCCUGUUUGCUGUCGGUGGGCGUGUCUAAGACUCUGUCUCCUAGCAACCAGUUAGCAUCCCGCCGUUGCCGGGAAACAAGCAUCCAAAUGUGGGAAAACCAGAUCCGUUUGCACAUUGUUGUGAAAUAAUGAAAAAAUCAGUUUUUGUUUUUGUAAAAUAAACAGAAGUUUAUUUUUUGGAGGCUUUUAUUUUGGUGAAGAAAUCUCUAUAUUGAAUCUUUGAGCUAUAUUUGAUGCAGUAUCACUGGGAUGAUGAUGAUGAUGAUGAUGAUGAUUUCUGGCUGAUUGUUCACGUUCGGUCGGCGAACACAAUCCACCGCUUCAGUCCUACCUCACUUCUCUUUCAGACUUUCAAAAUUAAACACCUGAGUAUUUUUAGCCAAUGUUGGCGCCCCGUGGGAGUCGGAAGAAUCGGAACCCGCUGCUGGUUCUGAUUCUUCAGCGGGUCGUAAAUCCCAAACAGGAAACAGGAAACCCAUAUGGUGCUGCGGCGGCUAACGUGAACAAGCAGCAAAGGCCGGUGCUUUUAUUGUGGCGGGUUUGCUGCGAUGCAGUGAUUUGUGAAAGGGAAACCUGUCCUUUAUUUUAACGUUCAAAGUGCUAAAGUGUUUCCAUGGUGAUGUUCUGUCCCAUCAUUUCCCCUGCUGGACGUUCGGCUCCGUUUUCACUUUGACCAGGAAAUGAAUCUUCUUCCUGCUGCUAACCUGAAACCUGAACGUCAGCAGAAAAAACAUUCAGCGUCAAACUGAGCAGAUUUCUGAUUUAGGCUCAAAACUUUAAUGAAUUAAAAUGUUAAUUUAUCAAAACAUUAUAAAAGCUGAUCAACUACAACAAGGA